UAGAACAUUCCUCAUUUGAAUCACACCUACACAACGUUUGGCUUCCGAGCACACGCUGUCAUGGCCAUAGUUUUCAAAUGAAAUAGCCCGGAUUUUUCAAAAUUCUCAAGUACCAUUUAAUAAUAGCCAGUUAAAUUAAUAGUAUACCUUAUUCCAAUAAAAAUGGCUCUAGUUUUGCGAAACGCCGCCCUCCAGAAACAAGUAUCGCUGUUGAAAUGUAUCAAAACGCGAACAGUAGUUACAACGGCGAACAAAAAUAACAACCAGGCGCCAUUAUCAGCGGCUGUGUCGAAGAAGCGAACGUUGCGACAAAUCUUCAAGGCCAAGUUCAGAUUCCCGUCGUUCAAGGCGAACCUAAUCACGACGCCGAAGAGGGACGCGCACACCGCAGCGGCCCCGCUGUACAAAAGCGUGUCCUGCUUUGAACUAACCGAUGGAUACCGGAGUGACGACAGAAUACAAUUCAUCAACGACAGCUGGCUGAGGGCGCGAUCGGCUACCAACUUCGCGAAACCGAUUGUGAACGAAACAUUACCCGACAAUGCGUCUUCUAAAUUCCCAAAGGAUCGGGCUGGCUCGGACAUCCUCUUCCCUACCGUGUUUGAGAGCAUUGCGAACGCAGUCUGCCCGUGCCCGUGCCCGUGUGGACCGUGCGGACCGUGCUGCAGUCCAUGCGGCCCCUGCUGCGGCAACAUGGCGGACUGCAACUGCGGCCGCUUACUGCCCCCUCCAUGCAACACGCCGCCCAAAUGUAUCCAAUACAUGCAAGGUUACUACUACUACCCGUACGGCACGUGGUUCUGCGGCCCGUACCACGUGAAUACUGGCGCUGUUCCAGUCUGCGGCCCCGUCUGCCCCGGCACCGCCUGCGGCAUCGCGCCCCCCAACCCUGGCCUGCUUUGUAAGUGCGGACCUUGCUGCUGUGGGCUCCUUUCGUGCAGCAUCUGCAACCCUCCACCUUUCGGUCCAGGUCCUGCAGGAGCAGCUCCCUCACCGUGGGCAAGUCCUAAUAUUACAUCUAGCUACGGAGUUCCUGGCAUAUCCAACGCACAGUUCGGCGGAAUGGGCUCACAUGGGUCUCCUGCGAUGAGCACACAAGGAAUAUUCCCACCCUGCAUACAAGAGUCUUGGCGUCAACCUCAACCUAUGGGGCAAUCGUGCCUGCCUAUACCUUUUGGUGUGCCCGGAAGCACAGGUCAAACCCCUAUGCCUGGUGGGUCAGGCUUCCAUAUCACUUUCCCUCCAGUACAAAUCAGCCCUCCGCAAACUAUGCCCACUUCGCUAAGUUAUCCGACGGCCCCACAAUGGGCCACUCAGCAUGCGCCCUGCGAAUGUUCGGGCUGUGUGACGAUGAGAAACGAGACUGAAACAAAGAGUCCCGCGCAGGUCGAUACACCAACAGUCAUGCAAAACAUAAUCGAACCGUUUUCGAAAGUGUUUCCCGCUUCGAAACCACCCGUAAAUGUGGCUGAAAAGUGCAAAGAAAGCAAAAAAUCUGCUAAAAUAUUGGAAGACCCGAAAGUGAAAGCAACAUUCCCUUGGUGAUAU